AUGUUUUUUCAAAUACUAAAAUUAUUAGUAUUUGUAGUGCUUUUGGUAAAAAGCACUAAAGCCCAAUUGGAAAAUACAACAAAUUCAACAUUGAUAUUAAAGAAAAACGAUGACAAAAUUGUUGGUGGACAAUCAACUUCUAUAACUUCGGUUCCAUAUCAAGUUGCUAUUACCGUAUCAGGAUCUAUUUGUGGAGGAUCUUUAAUAGCUACGAAUAUCGUUUUAACUGCAGCACACUGCGUUGUUGGGCGUAGUCCAUCAUCUGUUACUGUUCGAGCUGGCUCUAAUUAUUAUAAUCGUAAUGGAGUUCUUUUACCUGUGUCGAGGAUUUUAAGCAAUUAUAAUUUUAAUUUCCAAACUAUGACUCAUGAUAUUGCUAUGUUAAAGUUAAGUAGAAGUUUAACUGCAAGCGAAAUGAGUAUUUAUGGUAUUCAGACAAUCCAACUUCAAACAACUAUACCCCAAGAUAAUUCAUUGACGAAAGUUUCUGGAUAUGGUAGAUUGUCAUCUCAGGGCUCCUUGGCAUCAACAUUACAAUCAGUUACGGUAACUCUAAUAAAUUGGAGUCAAUGUAAUCAAAGAUACAAUUGGAGAUUGACGAGCACAAUGAUAUGUGCUGGACAUUUUGGUGGUGGAAGAGAUGCAUGUCAAGGUGAUUCUGGCGGGCCAUUAGCAUAUGAAGGAAAACUUUUAGGUAUCGUGUCAUGGGGUUACGGGUGUGCUUCAGCUAUGUAUCCAGGCAUUUAUACUAGUGUACCAGCGUUAUAUGGAUGGAUUCAAAGCAGUACUGCUGAAAUGCUAAGAUUUGUGUGAUAAAAUGGU